UAUUUCUUUCCGUCUUUCUUCGUUUUUACGUUUUUUUUUUAUUUCCAACCGUCCUUCGCCAAGUCGUCGUGUGUGAUCUCCAUCUCGCUGCUGUAGAUUGCAUCUCGUUCAAAUUCUCAACGCUGACACCGUAGUGCAAGGAGUCACCCUUGUCCAGCUGCUGUCGUCUCGCCUUCCAUUGUUGAGUGUGCUCGUUUGGCGCUCUUCCGUGGCACCUUUCUCCUGAACACUUUGUCGCUUUUCGAACGCACUCUUGGUUUUUGGCAAAAACACCAAAAGACUCGCAUACGGUCAAACACACCAUGUCAACAUCCCACAACUCGCCCUCCCGACCGGUUUCGGGGUCUGCGUCCGCGCCGUCGGUGGUGGGCGCCAGCAACCCAUACUAUCAGCCUCGCUCGGGCCUGGCUGAUGGCAUGGGUGUCAUGGCACCAACACCCGUCGGCGGGCUUGCCGCAAGUCCGACUCCUUCCCGAUCGGUCGACAACGCCUCGCGUGAUCUCCACUCGCUCAGCCUCAAUUCGUCGCCUGCACACGGAAUUUCCACCCCGACUCGCGCACAAACCGCGGGAGGUGCUGUUGGUGGCCCCGGUGCGCGUGGCGGCGGCUCCCUGUCGAUGCGCAAAGGACCCGGCAAGCUAAGUUUUGGCUCGCAACCCACCCCGCAGCAAGCCCAGCCCAACAUCUUCAACUCUGAGCGCAAUGCUCUGACGUUGCGUGCCGAGGACGAGCAAGUCACCAUCCCGACCCAAACCGUCCAUCUGCCGAACGGCACCGAGAUUUCGCCCGAGUCGCUCAAGCAACUCGAGGAGAUUGGUCGCGGUGCAUACGGUGCCGUGCAUCGCUCCAUCUACGAGCCCACCAAAACCAUUAUUGCCGUCAAGUACAUUCCCAUGGACAUUACCGAAGAGUCCAAAAAGCUCCAGCUCAUUCGCGAGCUCAACGUCUUGCGCACCGCGACAGACGACACCGAGCCCUGCCCUUAUAUUGUCAAGUAUUAUGGAGCCUACUUCCGAGAAGGUGAUAUCUGCAUUUGCAUGGAGUUUAUGGACGGCGGCUGCUUUGACGUCAUCUACAAGAAGACGGGACCCAUUCCCGAAAAGAUUCUGGGCAAGAUUUCGGUAGCUGUGGUGCACGGCCUGCACUACCUCAAGUCACGGUUACAAAUCAUCCACCGUGAUGUUAAGCCUUCCAAUAUUCUUGUCGACUCGAGCGGCAAGAUCAAGCUUUGCGACUUUGGCAUCAGUGGUCGCCUCGAGAACUCGGUCGCCAAAACAUAUGUGGGGACAAACCACUACAUGUCGCCCGAGCGAAUUGCUCUAGCAGGACAGUAUGACAUUCGCUCGGAUGUCUGGUCGCUUGGUAUUGCUCUUGUGGAGCUUGCAACUGCAAAGUACCCCUAUCCGCCAGAUGCUAGUAUUUUUGGUAUUUUGCGGCACAUUGUCGACGGCCCUGCUCCGAGCGUGCCUGAAGGUCAAUUCUCGCCCGAGUUUGUAGCCUUCCUUAGCAAGUGCUUGCAGAAAGAUCACGAGAAGCGCGCCAACUACGUGGAACUGCUGCAGACAGAUUUUAUCAAAAAGUACGAACAGGAGGAGGUGGACGUGGCUGGAUGGGUUCAAGACGUCCAGUCCAAGAUUGCCGUCAUCCGCGCUGCCGAGCGAGUGGAGCAUUCACACUUUCCUUCGCGACGAUGAUACUUCCGUCCCAUCGAACGUUUAUUUUAAUGCUAAUUUGCUGCGACCACCACCACCACCCCGUUGUUUCUUGAUGAUGGCGGUUGCUUGUUCGUCUGAAUUGCCUUCUUCCUUGGCUGUGCUCACUCCCGCUGACGGAAGAGGCCUCUUGCUGAUGGUCGACUUUGUGUGUUGUAUUUUGUUUUGUUUUUUCUGUUUUUUCAGGCAACUUUUUUUUUUCAUUUUGCGCACUGUGCAUUCUGAGCUGUUUGUUGUGUCCUCGCGUGUGCGUGUCGCUUCUAUAAACAAACACAUAAACACAUUCGACCCCA